AUGAUCAACACCGCCGGGUUCGUGGCAACCGCGGUUAUGGAACUCGGAAUCGACCCACCAGAUGUCCAGCAAGUCAUCAUAUUCCCAGGUCCCAGCACCACUUCAUCCCCUGUUCAGAGUGCUAGUCGACUCGUUUGGGCGGUCCCAGAUACUCAGGGAGAGGUCUUCGAGGGGAAUACGACACUGCUUGAGGGAGACAUGAUGGAUGUUGAUAUCAAGGAUAUAGGAGAGGUGGGGGUGUGCACUGCAGGAUAUGGUGGCGACGGUAAAGCGGAUUCAAUGGAAGAACAAGAUGAUGAGGAUGAGAGUGUUAGCGAACGUGAUGGUGACAGUGACAAGAAUGUAGAUGCAGAGGAAGAGAGGGAACAGGACAACAAUGAGGAGGAGGAGGAGGAUAUGGAUGUAGACAAUGUACUGGACAACGAAGUCAACGCCAAAUCUACGCUGAAACCAAAGAAACGACGCUGA